AUGCAGAUUUACAGUACCAAUGCCUCCUUGACUUAUGCAGGAGAUAACAUGUUUUCUGAUACCGUCAGUAUUUCCAAUCUAAGUCACGUUGCUGAUGGCAUGGGCAUCAUCCAGGCGGUGCUGAUGUCCUGCAUGAUCAGUGUGACAGGCACAGGGAAUGCUCUUGUCAUUCUUGGUUUUAUAACUAACAAAAAACUCAGGACCCCAAGCAACUACUUUAUUUUAAACUUGGCCAUCAGUGACUUCUUCACAGGUACUUUCUCCCUCCCGCUGUACUUAAAGAAUUUCAUUAUUAGUAGAAGAUGGGUCCUUGGAAAAAGUAUUUGCAAACUGUGGCUCACAAUUGAUUACACUUUGUGUCAAUGUACAAUAUAUAACAUUGUUCUUAUCAGUUGUGAUCGUUUCAUUGCUGUCACCAAAGCUGUAAAAUAUCGGGAUCAGCAGAACAAAAUGAAAAUGGCUUUUAUAAAGAUGUCAGCAGUCUGGAUUAUAGCAUUCCUAAAUUUUGGCCCGGCAAUCAUCUUUUGGGAGUAUGUGGUGGGCUAUAGUGUAGUGCCAGAAGGUGAAUGUAACCCAGAAUUCUACUAUGGUGGUCGCUACUUGCUCUAUUCUUCUUUUUUUGACUUUUUCACUCCAAUGGCUGUGAUAGCAUAUUUUAAUCUCAGCAUUUACUUCAAUAUAAGAUGUCGCAUGAAAAGUAAAGUAUUAAACACUGGCAAUAAAUCAACAGACUUACUGGCAAACAUAAAUAAGGAUAUUUUUGUUGUCAGUUGUACAAAUUACAAUUCAAACUGUCUGUCAACUUCGACACAACUUGACCAGGAGGUUCAAGCACACAAAAACAAAACUCAUUUUUUAGAAAACUUUUUGUGGCUCUGUAAAACCACUCAUCACUCAACUACAAAAACGACUGUAAGAAAUGAAAGCUCAAGAAUAAUUGGACCCCUCGAUUUAGCCAAAAACUCAGCAUUAUCCAAGGACAAAAAAAUUGCAAAAUCUUUAGCUCUUCUUGUUUGUACAUUUUGUAUCUGCUGGGCACCGUACUCUUUCCUAACAAUUAUCACAGAGGGAUUUUGGGAUAAGUUUAUGGUGGAGAGCUGCAAACAUUGCACACGGAUUUAA